AUGAACGGCCACACAGCCUCUCCUCUGGACUCACCCGUUCGCAGCGGCAUGGAGCCAGCUCUCAUCCCCCCAGCCACGAAGACUGUGCCAGGAGCAGAGCCCCAGGCUGUGACUACACAGGCCAGGAGCAUCGCAGGGGUGUAUGUGGAGGCUUCAGGCCAGGUUCUGGGUGUCUACGCCGCCAUGAAACAGAACCUCCUGCCGGCUGGGCUGGGGCUGGCUCUGCUGGAGGCUCAGGCGGCUACCGGGGGCCUGGUGGAACCCACCCAAGGCCGGCUGCUCACUGUGGCUGAGGCUCUGAGGCAAGGUCUAGUGGGCCUGGAGCUGAAGGAGAAGCUGCUAGUUGCUGAGCGUGCCGUCACUGGCUAUCCUGACCCCUAUGGAGGCGAAAAGCUGGCCCUCUUCCAGGCCAUUGGGAAGGAGGUGGUGGACCCUCCUCUGGGGAAAGGUUGGCUGCAGGCCCAACUGGCCACUGGGGGCCUAGUGGACCCUGUCCAGAGCAUCCGUGUAGCCCCAGAGCUGGCCUGCCAACAGGGCCUUCUGGACCAGGGCACGUGGCAGAAUCUGCUGUCGGGUAAGCCUGGCCAGGAGGCCCCAGGCUUCCUCGACCCCAACAGCCUGGAGCAGCUGCCUUACCCAGAGCUCCUGGGCAGGUGCGUGCGGGACUCCCGCUCAGGGCUGGCCUUGCUGCCCCUAAAGAUCACUUUCCGCACCCUGAGUGGGUCAGUGAGCCUGGCUGAGCUUCUGGAAGCUGAAGUUGUAGAUGAGGAGAUAGCCCGAGGCCUGCAGGAGGGCAGGCUGUCCACAAUAGAGGUGGGCAACCGAGCCGAGGUCCGGUGUUUCCUGCAGGGCUCCGGGGGCCUGGCAGGGGUUGUGCUGCUGCCCGCUGGCCAGAAGAAAAGUUUCUCCCAGGCGGUGGCCGAGCGCCUGCUCCCCGCAGGUGCAGCUCUCUGGCUCCUGGAGGCCCAGGCGGCCACCUGUACACUGGUGGACCCGGCCAGCGGCCAGCGGCUGAGUGUGGCGGAGGCUGUGCGAGCAGGCCUGGUUGGCCCAGAGCUCCACAUGCAGCUCCUGGUGGCAGAGGAGGCAGUGACUGGGUACCACGACCCCUUCAGUGGCUCUCGUAUUCCGCUUUUUCAGGCCAUGAAGAAGGAGCUAGUGGCCAAGCCCCUGGCGCUGCGACUCCUGGAUGCGCAGCUGGCCACGGGUGGUCUGGUGUGCCCUGCCCGCAGGCUCCGGCUUCCCCUGGAGGUUGCUGUGCGCUUUGGCUGCCUGGAUGAGGAGACACGUGAGCUUCUCUCACAGGCCUCCGGCUUCCUGGACCCCAGCACCCAGGAGAGCCUGGGCUACAGGCAGCUUCUGGCCCGCAGUGUCACUGACCCCGAGACAGGCCUGGCCUUCCUGCCCCUCUCAGGGGGUACCCUGGGAAAUGAGCCCCUGGGACCCCCAUUCAUUGAGCACAGCACCCGACAGGCCUUGCUUUCAGCCAAGGCCACUGUUCCCACAGGCAAAUUCCAGGGUCAGUGUGUGUCUCUCUGGGAGCUACUCUUCUCUGAGGCCAUCCCAGCACUACAGAGGGCAGCACUGGCCCAGCAAUACAAGGAAGGGGUCCUGUCCAUGGAGGUGCUAGCCACCACGCUCAGGACCACCAUAGAGCAGGCUGCUGCCACCACAAGAGUCACCUUCCCUGGGCUGCGGGUGGCAGUGACCCCCAAAGAACUGCUGCAGGCGGAGAUCAUCGGCCAAGACAUGUACGAGCAGCUGGAACGCGGCCAGGCCACAGCACAGGACGUGGGCAGCCUGGACUCAGUGCACAGGUACCUGCAGGGCACAGGCUGCAUCGCUGGCCUGCUGUUGCUGAGCUCCCAGGAGCGUCUCAGCAUCUACGAGGCCCGCAAGAAGGGCAUCCUGCGGCCAGGCACUGCCCUUAUCCUACUGGAGGCCCAGGCCGCCACCGGCUUCAUCAUCGACCCCAAAGCAAACAGGCGCUUCUCUGUGCAUGAGGCGCUACGGGCAGGUGUGGUCGGGCCUGAUGUGUUCUCGAAGCUGCUGUCGGCCGAGCGCGCCGUCACCGGCUACACCGACCCCUACACCGGCGAGCAGAUCUCCCUCUUCCAGGCCAUGAAGAAGGAGCUGAUCGUGCACGACCACGGCAUCCGCCUGCUGGAGGCCCAGAUCGCCACGGGCGGCAUCGUGGACCCCGUGCACAGCCACCGCGUGCCCGUGGACGUGGCCUACCAGCGCGGCUACUUCGACGAGGAGAUGAGCCGCGUGCUGGCAGACCCGGGCGACGACACCAAGGGCUUCUUCGACCCCAACACGCAUGAGAAUCUCACGUACCUGCAGCUGCUGGAGCGCUGCGUGCGCGACCCCGACACGGGGCUGUUCCUGCUGCCGCUAGGUACUGCCCAGCCCCAGCUGGUGGACAGUGCCACCCGUCAGGCCUUCCAGAACCUGCUGGUGCAGGUGAAGUACGGGCGGUUCCGGGACCAGCAGGUGUCCGCGUGGGAGCUGGUCAACUCAGAGUACUUUAGCGAGAGCCGACGCCGGCAGCUGCUGCAGAGUUUCCGGCGGCACCAGGUCUCACUACAGCAGCUGGCACAGCAGCUGGAGAGAGAGAUGGGCAGGUGGGCAGACAUCAGGCUCCCUACACUGCGAGGCCAGAUCACUGUCUACCAGCUCCUGGAGUCCCACAUCAUCGACCAGGAGCUCCUGGAGCAGGUCCUAGCAGGGGAGGUCAACCCCGAGGCCCUGUUGCACAAGGAGACUGUCCGCAGAUACCUGCAGGGAUUGGGUGCCGUAGCAGGGGUACUCCUGCAGCCCUCCAACCGGCAGCUCAACCUGUACCAGGCUAUGAAGCAGAAGGUUCUGGGACCUGGUGUCGCCCUGGCACUCUUGGAGGCCCAGGCAGCUACCGGGGCCAUGUUGGACCCCCACAGUCCCAGUGGCCUGUCUGUGCAGGAAGCUGUGCGCAGGAAGCUGGUGGGGCCUGAACUGUAUGGCCAGCUGCAGCGUGCUGAAGAUGCCGUCACAGGACUCAGAGACCCCUUCUCAGAGAAGCAGGUGUCCCUGUUUCAGGCCAUGAAGAAGGGUCUUAUCCCCAAGGAGCAGGCUACCCGCCUCCUGGAGGCCCAAGUGGCCACAGGCGGGGUCAUUGACCCUACUGGCCACCACCACCUCCCCACAUCCCUGGCUAUCCAGAGGGGCUACAUUGACCCAGAAAUGGAUGCAGCUCUGCGCAGCUCUGCUGAGACCUUCCCCACGCUGGAUGGCCGGGGGUAUACCAGCUAUGCUCACCUCUUGCAACAGUGCGUGAGGGAUGAGGCCUCAGGCCUGCAACUCCUGCCCCUGUCAGAGGCCACCCCCGCACUGCCCACGGACCAGCAGGUGCAGGCUGCCCUGCAGGCCACACCAGCCUCUGAGGAUGGUGUAUCACUCUGGGAGCUGCUGGGCUCUGGACACUUCACUGAGGAGCAGCGCAGGGCAUUUGUGGAGGAGUUUAGGGUGGGCAAGAGCAGCAUGGAGCAGCUACUGGACACCGUGCGCAAGUGGGUGCAGGCAGCAGAGCUCCUGGCACGGGCCCGUGUCACGGUGCCUGGCCCACGGGGCCCGGUGCCUGCUGUCUGGCUGCUGGAUGCUGGCGUCAUCACCCAGGACACUCUGGCAGUGCUGGCUGAGGGCAGGCAGUCCCCUGAGGAGGUUGCUGAGCUGCCCGAGGUGAAGGCGAGUCUGUGGGGCACAGGCUGUGUGGCUGGGGUGCUGCUACAGCCCUCAGGGACCAAAGUGACCAUAGCCCAGGCCAUGAGGAAUGGUCUCUUGCCUGAGGGCCUUGGCCGCAGACUGCUGGAGGCCCAGGUGGCAGCAGGUGCCCUUAUUAAUCCUCUGACCAGCCAGAGGUUGUCGGUGGAAGGUGCAGUCAGGGCCGGCCUGGUGAGCGGGCAGCUCGGCGAGCAGCUCCAGCAGACUGAGAGAGCCGUGUCUGGGUACGUGGACCCUGUCUCAGGGACCCCCCUAUCAUUGUGGCAGGCUGUGGAGAAGGGGCUUGUGCCCCGGAGUGAGGGCCUCCCCCUCCUGCAGGUGCAGCUGGCCACCGGGGGUGUGAUGGACCCCAUCCACGGGGUACACUUGCCUCAGGAGGCAGCCUGCAGACUUGGCUUCCUGGAUGGGCCCACAAGCCAGACGCUGACCUCAGAGGACAAAGACAGCAAAUUCUUCUUUGACCCCAACACCCGGGACAUGCUGACAUACCAGCAGCUCAGGGAGCGUUGCAUCCUGGACAAUGCCACAGGUCUGAGACUGCUGUCGCUAGCCGAGGACACAGCCCUGGAAGUGGACGAGCAUACAGCAGUGGCACUGAGGGCGAUGAAGGUGCCGGUCAGCGCAGGCCGGUUCCAGGGGCACAGCGUGUCUCUCUGGGACCUGCUGCACUCGGAGUAUGUGGUGCCCAGUAAGCGGCGGGAGCUGGCAGCACUCUGUCAGUCAGGCAGGGCUACGGCACUGCGUCAAGCCGGCAAUGCCCUCAUAGCUCUGGUGGAGGCAGCUGACAGCCACCCGGUGCAGACCACCUUCAAAGGCCUCCGGAAGCAAGUGUCAGCCCAUGACCUUUUUCAGUCCCAGCUAAUUGACAAGAAGACAUUAGAUGAGCUAAGUCGGGGGAUGAGAACUGUGCAGGAGGUGACAGAGAUGGACAGUGUGAAACGCUUCCUGGAGGGCUGCAAUUUCAUCGCUGGGGUCAUUGUGCAGAGCACCCAGGAGAAGAUGAGCAUCUCAGAGGCCCUGCGGAGGCACCUCCUGCGGCCGGGCACAGCUCUGGUGCUACUGGAGGCCCAGGCUGCCACUGGUUUUCUCAUCGACCCUGUGCACAACCGCAGGCUCACCGUGCAAGAUGCCUUUGCCCAAGGGCUGUUUGGGAAGGAGACCUACCAGAAGCUGCUGUCUGCUGAGCGUGCCGUCACCGGCUACACCGACCCCUACACCGGCGAGCAGAUCUCCCUCUUCCAGGCCAUGAAGAAGGAGCUAAUUGUGCGUGACCACGGCAUCCGCCUGCUGGAGGCCCAGAUCGCCACAGGCGGCAUCAUCGACCCUGUUCACAGCCACCGCGUGCCCGUGGACGUGGCCUACCAGCGCGGCUACUUCGACGAGGAGAUGAGCCGCGUGCUGGCAGACCCGGGCGACGAUACCAAGGGCUUCUUCGACCCCAACACCCACGAGAACCUCACGUACCUGCAGCUGUUGGAGCGCUGUGUGCAAGACCCCGACACGGGGCUGUUCCUGCUGCAGGUGGUGAAGAAGGGAGAAGAGUACAUAUAUAUCGAUGACGCCACCAGGCAGGCGCUGCAGGCUGCACAUACAACAGUCCACAUGGGCAGGUUUGCCCAGCAGACAGUGUCCAUCUGGGAACUGCUGUCCUCUCCCUACUUCACUGAGGAACAGAAGCGAGGGCUCGCUUGGGACUACAAAGCCCACAGACUGAGCCUGGAGCAGCUGCUCAAGACCAUCGUGGCAACCAUAGAGGAAACAGAAAGGAAGAGCAGUGUCAUCAAGGUGGCAGGCACAGGUGGGGAGGUGACUGCUGCCCAGCUCUUCAACUCAGGGAUCAUUGAUAAGAAGGCCCUGGACGCCCUGCAUGCAGGGACCAGUGAGCAGCAGGACCUCAGCCAGCAGGCCCAGGUGAAGACCUAUCUGGAAGGCAGCGGCUGCAUUGCUGGGGUGACUGCACCCUCUACCCAGGAGGUGUUGAGCUUCUGUGAGGCUUGCAGGAAAGGACUCAUCCCUGCAGGGCUGGCAGUCCAGAUGCUGGAGGCUCAGGCAGCCACAGGUUUCCUGCUGGACCCCCACAGCCACCAGAAGCUGUCCGUGGAUGAGGCUGUGGCUAAGGGCCUAGUGGAUGAGGAGCUACGAGAGAGACUCCUGAAUGCAGGAAAAGCGGCCCAGGGCUUCGAGGACCCGGCCACGGGAGACAGACUCUCCCUGUUGCAGGCCAUGCAGAAGAAGCUGGUCAAGAGGGAGGAUGCACUCAGGCUGCUGGAGGUGCAGGUGGCCACAGGGGGUGCAGUAGACCCUUGGCACCACCACCGACUACCACUGGACAUGGCCUACAGACAUGGCUGUCUGAGCCAGGACACAUACAUACUGGUGGCUGACAAAAGACACAUGAAGAGACGCUUUCUGGACCCCAACACACAGCAGAAGGUGACCUAUCAGGAGCUUCAGGAGAGGUGCCACCGGGAUGAGAAAACAGGGUGGACACUGCUGCCACUUGACCCAGGGGCAGGGGAUAGCAAGUACAUUGAUGAGGCGACCAGAAGGGCACUGGAGGCUGAGCAUGUGGAUGUGCAGGUGGGGAGGUACCGGGGCCAGAGGCCAUCGGUGUGGGAGCUGCUGAACUCAGAGUACGUGACAGAGAAAGAGAAGAUUGAGCUGGUGAAGCAGUACAAAGAGGACACAAAAAACGCCCUAAGAAAGGUGGUGCAAGUGAUAUACACGAUGAUUGAGGACAGGGAGAAGAGGAACAAGACACAGUGGUUCAGAGGUCUCCGUAAGCAGGUCAGCGCCACAGAGCUGUGCCAGUCCAGGAUAAUCUCAAAGGAUAUACUCCAGGCACUGGAUGAAGGUAGUUGUACCGUUCAGGAUGUCCAGAAAGAAAAGUGUGUUCAACGCUACCUGGAGGGCGAGAGCUGCAUCGCGGGCGUGCUGGUGCCCGCCAGGGACCGGCCCGGGCAGCAGGAGAAGAUGAGCAUCUACCAGGCCAUGUGGAAGGGCGUCCUGCGGCCCGGCACGGCCCUGGUGCUGCUGGAGGCCCAGGCCGCCACCGGCUUCAUCAUCGACCCCGUGCACGACCGCCGGCUCUCGGUGGAGGAGGCCGUGGCCGCGGGCGUGGUGGGCGGCGAGAUCCGAGACAAGCUGCUGUCGGCCGAGCGCGCCGUCACCGGCUACACCGACCCCUACACCGGCGAGCAGAUCUCCCUCUUCCAGGCCAUGAAGAAGGAGCUGAUCGUGCACGACCACGGCAUCCGCCUGCUGGAGGCCCAGAUCGCCACGGGCGGCAUCGUGGACCCCGUGCACAGCCACCGCGUGCCCGUGGACGUGGCCUACCAGCGCGGCUACUUCGACGAGGAGAUGAGCCGCGUGCUGGCGGACCCGGGCGACGACACCAAGGGCUUCUUCGACCCCAACACGCACGAGAACCUCACGUACCUGCAGCUGCUGCGGCGCUGCGUGCGCGACCCCGACACGGGACUGUACAUGCUGCAGCUGGCCGGCCCGCGCUCGGCCCUGCACCAGCUGAGCGAGGAGCUGCGCGCCGCCCUGCGCCAGGCGCGUGUGGCCGUGGGCGCGGGCUCCCUGCGGGGCCAGAGCCUGUCGGUCUGGGAGCUCCUCUUCUACCGAGAGGUGUCCGAGGACCUGCGGCAGGAGCUGCUCCGGGGCUUCCGGGCGGGCACCCUCAGCGUGCAGGACGUGGGGGCCUCCCUGGCCUCGCAGCUGGCCCGGGCCGAGGAGGGGCGCGGCGCGCGCCCGGCACCGGCAGACCCCCGCGAGUCGCUGCGCGCCGCCACCAUGGAGGUGAGGGUGGGCCGGCUGCGCGGGCCGGCGGUGCCCGUGUGGGACGUGCUGGCGUCCGGCUACCUGAGCGGGCCCACGCGAGAGCAGCUGCUGGCCCAGUUCGGGGCGGGGAGCCUGGGCCUGUCCGCGCUGACACGCCGGCUGACCACCAUCAUCGAGGAGGCCGAGGAGGCCGAGGAGCAGGCCCGGGCCCGGGCCUCGGAGGAGACGGCCAGGCACCGCGGGGACCGGCUCCGGCCGGACGAGGCCCCCCGCGGUCCCGAGGCGCACGCCAACGGCGACCCGGAGCCCUCCCGGGCCGACGGCGCUGGUGAUGGUGAUGCCGAUGACGAAGCCGCCGCCGCCGCCGCCCGGCGCCGCCAGGAGCAGGCCCUGCGUGCCGCCACCAUGCACGUGCACGUCGGGCAGUUCCAGGGGCAGGUGGUGGCGCUGUGGGACGUCCUGUGCUCCUCCUACGUGAGCCCGGCGCGCCGCGACGACCUGCUGGCCCAGCACGCGGCCGGAGCCCUGGCCCUGCCCGCCCUGGAGGCCGUCCUCUCGCAGCUCAUCGAGGAGGCGGAGGAGAGGCUGAGCCAGGUGCGCUUCCGCGGCCUGCGGCGCCAGGUGUCCGCCAGCCAGCUGGGCAAGUCGGGCAUCCUGGACGCGGACACCCUGCGCGGCCUGGCCCAGGGCACCAAGAGCCUGCGGGAGGUGACCGAGAUGGACUCGGUGCGGCGCUACCUGGAGGGCGAGAGCUGCAUCGCGGGCGUGCUGGUGCCCGCCAGGGACCGGCCCGGGCAGCAGGAGAAGAUGAGCAUCUACCAGGCCAUGUGGAAGGGCGUCCUGCGGCCCGGCACGGCCCUGGUGCUGCUGGAGGCCCAGGCCGCCACCGGCUUCAUCAUCGACCCCGUGCACGACCGCCGGCUCUCGGUGGAGGAGGCCGUGGCCGCGGGCGUGGUGGGCGGCGAGAUCCGAGACAAGCUGCUGUCGGCCGAGCGCGCCGUCACCGGCUACACCGACCCCUACACCGGCGAGCAGAUCUCCCUCUUCCAGGCCAUGAAGAAGGAGCUGAUCGUGCACGACCACGGCAUCCGCCUGCUGGAGGCCCAGAUCGCCACGGGCGGCAUCGUGGACCCCGUGCACAGCCACCGCGUGCCCGUGGACGUGGCCUACCAGCGCGGCUACUUCGACGAGGAGAUGAGCCGCGUGCUGGCGGACCCGGGCGACGACACCAAGGGCUUCUUCGACCCCAACACGCACGAGAACCUCACGUACCUGCAGCUGCUGCGGCGCUGCGUGCGCGACCCCGACACGGGACUGUACAUGCUGCAGCUGGCCGGCCCGCGCUCGGCCCUGCACCAGCUGAGCGAGGAGCUGCGCGCCGCCCUGCGCCAGGCGCGUGUGGCCGUGGGCGCGGGCUCCCUGCGGGGCCAGAGCCUGUCGGUCUGGGAGCUCCUCUUCUACCGAGAGGUGUCCGAGGACCUGCGGCAGGAGCUGCUCCGGGGCUUCCGGGCGGGCACCCUCAGCGUGCAGGACGUGGGGGCCUCCCUGGCCUCGCAGCUGGCCCGGGCCGAGGAGGGGCGCGGCGCGCGCCCGGCACCGGCAGACCCCCGCGAGUCGCUGCGCGCCGCCACCAUGGAGGUGAGGGUGGGCCGGCUGCGCGGGCCGGCGGUGCCCGUGUGGGACGUGCUGGCGUCCGGCUACCUGAGCGGGCCCACGCGAGAGCAGCUGCUGGCCCAGUUCGGGGCGGGGAGCCUGGGCCUGUCCGCGCUGACACGCCGGCUGACCACCAUCAUCGAGGAGGCCGAGGAGGCCGAGGAGCAGGCCCGGGCCCGGGCCUCGGAGGAGACGGCCAGGCACCGCGGGGACCGGCUCCGGCCGGACGAGGCCCCCCGCGGUCCCGAGGCGCACGCCAACGGCGACCCGGAGCCCUCCCGGGCCGACGGCGCUGGUGAUGGUGAUGCCGAUGACGAAGCCGCCGCCGCCGCCGCCCGGCGCCGCCAGGAGCAGGCCCUGCGUGCCGCCACCAUGCACGUGCACGUCGGGCAGUUCCAGGGGCAGGUGGUGGCGCUGUGGGACGUCCUGUGCUCCUCCUACGUGAGCCCGGCGCGCCGCGACGACCUGCUGGCCCAGCACGCGGCCGGAGCCCUGGCCCUGCCCGCCCUGGAGGCCGUCCUCUCGCAGCUCAUCGAGGAGGCGGAGGAGAGGCUGAGCCAGGUGCGCUUCCGCGGCCUGCGGCGCCAGGUGUCCGCCAGCCAGCUGGGCAAGUCGGGCAUCCUGGACGCGGACACCCUGCGCGGCCUGGCCCAGGGCACCAAGAGCCUGCGGGAGGUGACCGAGAUGGACUCGGUGCGGCGCUACCUGGAGGGCGAGAGCUGCAUCGCGGGCGUGCUGGUGCCCGCCAGGGACCGGCCCGGGCAGCAGGAGAAGAUGAGCAUCUACCAGGCCAUGUGGAAGGGCGUCCUGCGGCCCGGCACGGCCCUGGUGCUGCUGGAGGCCCAGGCCGCCACCGGCUUCAUCAUCGACCCCGUGCACGACCGCCGGCUCUCGGUGGAGGAGGCCGUGGCCGCGGGCGUGGUGGGCGGCGAGAUCCGAGACAAGCUGCUGUCGGCCGAGCGCGCCGUCACCGGCUACACCGACCCCUACACCGGCGAGCAGAUCUCCCUCUUCCAGGCCAUGAAGAAGGAGCUGAUCGUGCACGACCACGGCAUCCGCCUGCUGGAGGCCCAGAUCGCCACGGGCGGCAUCGUGGACCCCGUGCACAGCCACCGCGUGCCCGUGGACGUGGCCUACCAGCGCGGCUACUUCGACGAGGAGAUGAGCCGCGUGCUGGCGGACCCGGGCGACGACACCAAGGGCUUCUUCGACCCCAACACGCACGAGAACCUCACGUACCUGCAGCUGCUGCGGCGCUGCGUGCGCGACCCCGACACGGGACUGUACAUGCUGCAGCUGGCCGGCCCGCGCUCGGCCCUGCACCAGCUGAGCGAGGAGCUGCGCGCCGCCCUGCGCCAGGCGCGUGUGGCCGUGGGCGCGGGCUCCCUGCGGGGCCAGAGCCUGUCGGUCUGGGAGCUCCUCUUCUACCGAGAGGUGUCCGAGGACCUGCGGCAGGAGCUGCUCCGGGGCUUCCGGGCGGGCACCCUCAGCGUGCAGGACGUGGGGGCCUCCCUGGCCUCGCAGCUGGCCCGGGCCGAGGAGGGGCGCGGCGCGCGCCCGGCACCGGCAGACCCCCGCGAGUCGCUGCGCGCCGCCACCAUGGAGGUGAGGGUGGGCCGGCUGCGCGGGCCGGCGGUGCCCGUGUGGGACGUGCUGGCGUCCGGCUACCUGAGCGGGCCCACGCGAGAGCAGCUGCUGGCCCAGUUCGGGGCGGGGAGCCUGGGCCUGUCCGCGCUGACACGCCGGCUGACCACCAUCAUCGAGGAGGCCGAGGAGGCCGAGGAGCAGGCCCGGGCCCGGGCCUCGGAGGAGACGGCCAGGCACCGCGGGGACCGGCUCCGGCCGGACGAGGCCCCCCGCGGUCCCGAGGCGCACGCCAACGGCGACCCGGAGCCCUCCCGGGCCGACGGCGCUGGUGAUGGUGAUGCCGAUGACGAAGCCGCCGCCGCCGCCGCCCGGCGCCGCCAGGAGCAGGCCCUGCGUGCCGCCACCAUGCACGUGCACGUCGGGCAGUUCCAGGGGCAGGUGGUGGCGCUGUGGGACGUCCUGUGCUCCUCCUACGUGAGCCCGGCGCGCCGCGACGACCUGCUGGCCCAGCACGCGGCCGGAGCCCUGGCCCUGCCCGCCCUGGAGGCCGUCCUCUCGCAGCUCAUCGAGGAGGCGGAGGAGAGGCUGAGCCAGGUGCGCUUCCGCGGCCUGCGGCGCCAGGUGUCCGCCAGCCAGCUGGGCAAGUCGGGCAUCCUGGACGCGGACACCCUGCGCGGCCUGGCCCAGGGCACCAAGAGCCUGCGGGAGGUGACCGAGAUGGACUCGGUGCGGCGCUACCUGGAGGGCGAGAGCUGCAUCGCGGGCGUGCUGGUGCCCGCCAGGGACCGGCCCGGGCAGCAGGAGAAGAUGAGCAUCUACCAGGCCAUGUGGAAGGGCGUCCUGCGGCCCGGCACGGCCCUGGUGCUGCUGGAGGCCCAGGCCGCCACCGGCUUCAUCAUCGACCCCGUGCACGACCGCCGGCUCUCGGUGGAGGAGGCCGUGGCCGCGGGCGUGGUGGGCGGCGAGAUCCGAGACAAGCUGCUGUCGGCCGAGCGCGCCGUCACCGGCUACACCGACCCCUACACCGGCGAGCAGAUCUCCCUCUUCCAGGCCAUGAAGAAGGAGCUGAUCGUGCACGACCACGGCAUCCGCCUGCUGGAGGCCCAGAUCGCCACGGGCGGCAUCGUGGACCCCGUGCACAGCCACCGCGUGCCCGUGGACGUGGCCUACCAGCGCGGCUACUUCGACGAGGAGAUGAGCCGCGUGCUGGCGGACCCGGGCGACGACACCAAGGGCUUCUUCGACCCCAACACGCACGAGAACCUCACGUACCUGCAGCUGCUGCGGCGCUGCGUGCGCGACCCCGACACGGGACUGUACAUGCUGCAGCUGGCCGGCCCGCGCUCGGCCCUGCACCAGCUGAGCGAGGAGCUGCGCGCCGCCCUGCGCCAGGCGCGUGUGGCCGUGGGCGCGGGCUCCCUGCGGGGCCAGAGCCUGUCGGUCUGGGAGCUCCUCUUCUACCGAGAGGUGUCCGAGGACCUGCGGCAGGAGCUGCUCCGGGGCUUCCGGGCGGGCACCCUCAGCGUGCAGGACGUGGGGGCCUCCCUGGCCUCGCAGCUGGCCCGGGCCGAGGAGGGGCGCGGCGCGCGCCCGGCACCGGCAGACCCCCGCGAGUCGCUGCGCGCCGCCACCAUGGAGGUGAGGGUGGGCCGGCUGCGCGGGCCGGCGGUGCCCGUGUGGGACGUGCUGGCGUCCGGCUACCUGAGCGGGCCCACGCGAGAGCAGCUGCUGGCCCAGUUCGGGGCGGGGAGCCUGGGCCUGUCCGCGCUGACACGCCGGCUGACCACCAUCAUCGAGGAGGCCGAGGAGGCCGAGGAGCAGGCCCGGGCCCGGGCCUCGGAGGAGACGGCCAGGCACCGCGGGGACCGGCUCCGGCCGGACGAGGCCCCCCGCGGUCCCGAGGCGCACGCCAACGGCGACCCGGAGCCCUCCCGGGCCGACGGCGCUGGUGAUGGUGAUGCCGAUGACGAAGCCGCCGCCGCCGCCGCCCGGCGCCGCCAGGAGCAGGCCCUGCGUGCCGCCACCAUGCACGUGCACGUCGGGCAGUUCCAGGGGCAGGUGGUGGCGCUGUGGGACGUCCUGUGCUCCUCCUACGUGAGCCCGGCGCGCCGCGACGACCUGCUGGCCCAGCACGCGGCCGGAGCCCUGGCCCUGCCCGCCCUGGAGGCCGUCCUCUCGCAGCUCAUCGAGGAGGCGGAGGAGAGGCUGAGCCAGGUGCGCUUCCGCGGCCUGCGGCGCCAGGUGUCCGCCAGCCAGCUGGGCAAGUCGGGCAUCCUGGACGCGGACACCCUGCGCGGCCUGGCCCAGGGCACCAAGAGCCUGCGGGAGGUGACCGAGAUGGACUCGGUGCGGCGCUACCUGGAGGGCGAGAGCUGCAUCGCGGGCGUGCUGGUGCCCGCCAGGGACCGGCCCGGGCAGCAGGAGAAGAUGAGCAUCUACCAGGCCAUGUGGAAGGGCGUCCUGCGGCCCGGCACGGCCCUGGUGCUGCUGGAGGCCCAGGCCGCCACCGGCUUCAUCAUCGACCCCGUGCACGACCGCCGGCUCUCGGUGGAGGAGGCCGUGGCCGCGGGCGUGGUGGGCGGCGAGAUCCGAGACAAGCUGCUGUCGGCCGAGCGCGCCGUCACCGGCUACACCGACCCCUACACCGGCGAGCAGAUCUCCCUCUUCCAGGCCAUGAAGAAGGAGCUGAUCGUGCACGACCACGGCAUCCGCCUGCUGGAGGCCCAGAUCGCCACGGGCGGCAUCGUGGACCCCGUGCACAGCCACCGCGUGCCCGUGGACGUGGCCUACCAGCGCGGCUACUUCGACGAGGAGAUGAGCCGCGUGCUGGCGGACCCGGGCGACGACACCAAGGGCUUCUUCGACCCCAACACGCACGAGAACCUCACGUACCUGCAGCUGCUGCGGCGCUGCGUGCGCGACCCCGACACUGGCCUCCUCUUUCUGUCUCUCUCCUCACUUACUUAA